AUGUCAGAAGUUGUGCGUGCGGCUGGUCUCGUGGUAUUCCGAAAGAUAACGAAUCGCGUGGAGUUUCUGCUUCUCCAAGCAAGUUAUCCUCCUUAUCACUGGACUCCCCCGAAAGGUCAUGUCGAUCCUGGCGAGGAUGAAUGGGUGGCAGCCCUACGUGAAACGAAGGAAGAAGCUGGAAUUUUGCAAGAUCAACUGAAAAUCUAUGAGGAUUGCCAUGAAACCCUUAGAUAUGAUGUGAAAGGAAAGCCUAAGACGGUGAAAUACUGGCUGGCACUACUGAAAAAUCCGGAUGAUGUAAAACUCUCACAUGAGCACCAAACAUGGAAGUGGGCUGAACUUGACGAAGCCGUGAAAAUAGCCGAUUAUGCGGAAAUGGGAGCUUUGCUGCGGAAGUUCAAAGCAUAUGUGGAUAAUAUGAAGUCAUAG